GGAGCGGGCUCCUUCGCUUCCUUUUGACCUUUCACCCCAAGAUGGCGGCGCCCGUCGGUCCGCUGAAGUUUUGGAAGCCGGGGACAGAAGGACCUGGUGUCAGCCUUUCAGAGGAGAGACAGAGCGCUGGUGAAAGCUCUAGUGUUUCAGUGAUCUAUAAUCCGUAUGUUUCCCUUUCUAUUGAACAACAGAGGCAAAAACUACCAGUUUUUAAGCUUAGAAAUCACAUCCUUUAUCUGGUAGAAAAUUAUCAGACAUUGGUGAUUGUUGGAGAAACAGGAUGUGGGAAAAGCACUCAGAUUCCUCAAUAUCUAACAGAAGCUGGCUGGACUGCCGAAGGGAGAGUGGUGGGAGUAACACAACCUCGAAGAGUUGCUUGUGUUUCAAUCGCAGGCCGGGUAGCUGACGAAAGGGGUGCCUUGCUGGGUCAUGAAGUUGGGUACUGCAUACGAUUUGAUGAUUGUACUGAUCCACAAGCUACAAGGAUUAAGUUCCUGACGGAUGGAAUGCUGGUGAGAGAAAUGAUGGCUGAUCCAUUGCUAACAAGAUACAGUGUCAUCAUGUUGGAUGAAGCCCAUGAGAGGACCUUAUAUACAGAUAUUGCCAUUGGCUUAUUAAAAAAGGUUCAAAAGAAACGAGGAGACCUUCGCCUGAUUGUUGCAUCAGCUACACUGGAUGCAGAGAAAUUUAGGGAUUUCUUUAACCAAAAUGAGACCAGUGACCCAAGCAAAGAUACCAGCAUGAUCCUUACAGUGGAAGGGCGAACAUUUCCAGUGGAUGUCUUCUACAUUCAGAGGCGCAGACUUCAGUGGAGGAGGGCUUCGGGAACCUUCCCCCGUCCCCUUCUGCACCGGCCAGCUGGAGCAGACUUCAGACGAGUGCUACGGGGACUCGGUGGAAUCUUCAUGCUUUUCCUCCCCUGGAAUCUUAGUCCUUCCCUUCCCCCUCCACAGAAGGGAUAUGGGCAAACCUGGCAGCACCUUCAUGCCCUUUCUCCUCCUCCUCCACAGAAGGAGAUGGACAGUCCUGUUCCAGAUUAUGUGAAAUCAACUGUGGAAACCGUUAUGAAAAUUCAUCAGACAGAAGGUGAUGGGGAUAUACUGGCAUUUUUAACUGGCCAGGAGGAAGUGGAAACAGUUGUUUCUAUGCUGAUAGAACAGGCCCGGGUCCUUGCUCGCGCAGGGAUGAAAAGACACCUGCGAGUUCUUCCAAUGUAUGCAGGAUUACCUGCUACUGAGCAGAUGAAAGUGUUUGAGAGGGUAUCUCCCAACGUUAGAAAGGUGAUAGUGGCUACUAAUAUUGCAGAAACAUCCAUCACAAUCAAUGGGAUUUCAUUUGUGAUUGACUGUGGCUUUGUGAAACUCCGUGCAUAUAAUCCAAAAACAGCUAUUGAAUGCCUUGUGGUUGUCCCAGUAUCAAAGGCCUCGGCCAAUCAGAGAGCAGGCCGUGCAGGCCGGAACCGCUCAGGAAAAUGCUACAGACUUUACACAGAGGAAGACUUUGAGAAGUUGCCACAGUCCACCAUUCCAGAGAUGCAGCGCAGUAACCUGGCACCAGUCAUCCUGCAGCUCAAGGCUUUAGGAAUUGACAAUGUGCUUAGAUUUCCUUUCCUCUCGCCUCCACCUGCUCAGUCAAUGGUGCAAGCUUUGGAGCUGCUCUAUGCAUUAGGAGGGCUUGAUAAAUAUUGCCGCCUCACGGAACCUCUUGGAAUUAGGAUAGCCGAGUUUCCUUUGAACCCCAUGUUUGCAAAGAUGCUCCUCGAAUCAGGGAAUUUUGGCUGCUCACAGGAGAUCCUGAGCAUUGCAGCCAUGAUGCAGAUACAGAAUAUAUUUAUGAUUCCUCCAAACCAAAAGACACAAGCUAUCAGAGAACACAGAAAAUUUGCUGUGGAGGAAGGCGACCAUCUCACUAUGCUUAAUGCGUAUGAAGCCUUUAUAAAACACAACAAGAGUUCCCAGUGGUGUCAGGAUCACUUUCUGAAUUAUAAAGGUCUUGUCCGAGCCACAACUGUGAGAGAGCAGCUGAAAAAACUUCUUGUCAAGUUCAAAGUACCAAAAAAGUCCAGUGAAGGAGAUCCAGACCCUGUUCUAAGGUGUAUAGUUUCGGGAUUCUUUGCUAACGCAGCCAGAUUUCACUCUACCGGAGCAUACAGGACUAUUCGCGAUGACCACGAACUUUAUAUACACCCCACCUCAGUGUUAUAUGCAGAGAAGCCUCCUCGUUGGGUUGUCUACAAUGAAGUCAUGCAGACCUCAAAGUAUUACAUGCGAGACGUUACAGCAAUUGAAUCUGCUUGGCUAUUGGAACUGGCCCCUCACUUUUACCAGCAAGGAACGGUACGGACUCGGCAUAGCCUCCAAACGCACCUUUCCCUGAAAGCCAAAAGAACUAAAGUGGACGAUCACUGACUCGCCGCGGCUGUUGAACUUUGCAGCGCGAGAUGCAGAACCUGCCGCCAAUUUGAAACUGUGCUACUGUCCAUCCAACAAUUAGUUGAUUAGCAGCCGGACCCCACAUCAACUAUAACUGUUGAAAUGCCUGCCUGCCAGGAUCCUGUAGGGAUUUUUGCAUGACCAAUACAUUGUAACACUUAAGUAGAGCUUGCAUUGUGGAUAUUUUUUUAUCCCACAGUCUUACAUGUGAUGACCGCUCCUGUUCCCCAGGGCGAUUUUGCUCCUUUUAAACUAGGUACAGUAGUUUGAAACUAACAGUACAAAAGAAGACAUAACAAAAUUGUAGGGAAUUUCGCAAUAUGUGGAUAGCAGCACUUGAACCCCUUGGGGAGGAAAGGGGAGGGCGGGUGGGGAACGACACCCUCGGAAUGAGGAAGUGGCGCUCAGGAUCCUUUAGACCACUGUGAAAGCUGUUGGUCAUCCUAGACCUGCCUGCAAAUUGUAGGCAGAUUUGGGACCACAAGCAAAGCCUUGAAAUACCUUAAUGGGUUGCAAUGAAAACCUUGAAACUGUGAUUGUGCCUAACUGCUGUGAUUUUUCUUUCUUCUUUUUUGCUGUCAAGCAAUAGGUUUCUAAUACUUUACUGACUUUCCCUUCUUUUCUCAUUCACAUUUUUUUUCAUGAAUUGCUUUCAAGCUGAACCUGUUUCCAUAAACAUGAUGUCUUAACAUGCACCAAAGUUUCCCACCCACCCCAAAGUUUAGAGAGAAGUUUAAUUGGGCAGGAUGUACAUUAUGUUCACAAGCAAGGUUGGAUGCAAGUUGCUUGCCUUUUUGUUUCAGAACGAGAAAUGACUUGAGGGGCAGCCUCUUGCAGAAAUAAUCUGGUUGUAUUACUAACUUUUUUUGAUCCUGUGGAUGUUGAAAAACUGCUGUGCUAGAUCUGUAGUCUUGCAAAUCUUGCUUUGGAGCGAGAGUCAUGAUUGCCACCACAAAUCAGACAGUUGGCAGUUGUAUAUUUUAAAAGUAUAAACCUCUUUGCAGCCUGGAAGCCAUCAAAGUAACAUAUAACAAAAUCAGUGGGGUGGGGUGGGGUGAGCCCGCAGAAAAAAAGUGUUGGUGGGGGCGUACCAUCAUUAGACAGACACAGGAGGACCAUCUUGAGAGGAAGUUCUCUUUUGUUCUCCAGACUGCGGAGGAAGAAGUUGAAGAGGUGCCUUUCACCAGGAAGCCGGACAGUGGCAGGGCCACUUGGACCUCCACUGAGUGUCCUGAAGAUGUAAAGGUAAAGGGACCCCUGACUAUUAGGUCCAGUCGUGACCGACUCUGGGGUUGCGGCGCUCAUCUCGUGUUAUUGGCCGAGGGAGCCGGCGUACAGCUUCCAGGUCAUGUGGCCAGCAUGACAAAGCUGCUUCUGGCGGACCAGAGCAGCUCAUGGAAACGCCGUUUACCUUCCCGCCAGAGCGGUACCUAUUUAUCUACUUGCACUUUGACGUGCUUUUGAACUGCUAGGUGGGCAGGAGCGGGGACCGAGCAAUAGGAGUUCACCCCGUCGCAGGGAUUUGAAUCGCCGACCUGAUCAGCAAGCCCUAGGCUUUGUGGUUUAACCCACAGUGCCACUUCCUGUUAUUUCCAAACAAAAAACCCCACACCAUUCCUUAUUCUGCUUCUGAUGUCACUACAGUAUAAGAUUGAAAUAUGAUCUAUGAGGAGAAGUUGGGUCUUCUCAUCUUCUUAUGCUUCUUAAUCCCUUUCCUUGAGUGCAAAUUCCACUUGCUUCCAUCUUGCAUAGAGGUAAUAUCUGAUUAGAAUGAGUUCCCAGCUUGCAAUUUGUACAACUGACCCGUUUUCAGGGAAAGUUCCUGUUGCUAUGUGAGCUAGUGAAAUCUAUCUGAUGGUGCUGCCUUUAGGUCAGUGAACGCCAUUGUGCUUCCAUGAACCCUGGAAAAGAAAUGCAUAUAGCAUACAUGGUGAACUUAGCAGCUGUUAUGACUACCUUCCUCAAAGGCGAAGUGUGGUCUGUGUAGCAUGCACUGGUUAAACUGCAGUUGCUGCCUUCCCACACAAAAACCCCUUUGUUGCAUCAGCAAUAUAGUUUCAGAUAAGUAAAUAUUUAUUUUCACAUAACAUUUAAUUUACAGUGAUGUGGUUUCAAUGUGUGGGUUUGGUUUUAGAACAUUGGGUUGUUGUUGUUUUUGAAUGCCUUGUUCCUUCCCCUCUUUUUAAAACGUGUAAAUGACAGCAUUUUAUUUAUUUUUUUACUCAGAAUAAGGGUCUUCCUUGCCCUGGAUGUGCAUUAAGAGCCACUUUUUCAGAUCUUCCCUCCCAUUCUGCUCCCCACAAACUUGCAAAGAAGCUUGUUCUGUCAGAAUGUGGUCCACUCAGUGUCUUUGUGCUGUAUAUAUUAGCUUAACAAAAUUUCAUUCCCACCCCUGGAAUUCUGAUGCAACUGGGUUUUUCCCUCUCUUUCUCUCUCUCCGUAUGUGAACUCUGUAGAGCCGGGGUUGUCUUAUUAUUUUUAUGUACUGCGUGGUGUCCAGAAUAUUGUUGACGCUCCGUUAUGGGCAUCUGAACUUGUAUCUAAAAGCUGUUUUCCCUUUCAAGGAGCUUACAAAGACCCAGAUACAAAGUGUGUAAAUUUCCGUCCUGCUUUGUCCUCUGGUAUCAUACUUUAUAGAGAAAAUAAAUAAAUAAAUAAAUAAAUAAAGCAAGCUGUGGAAUUAAGAAAUACUGGAUUGUUGCGCCUAUUAAUGCUUAUUAAGUUGUGGAACCUCUUAAGUUAAUUACGUAUCUGCAUCACUUAGUAAGACUUCGUUUUACAGGUGAAACUCGGAAAAUUAGAAUAUCGUCGAAAAGUGCAUUUAUUUCAGUAAUGCAACUUAUUAUUUUUUACAAAUGCUUUCUUUUGGAAUUUCCACAGUAAUAAAACAAAUAGUUGCAAUAAUACAAUAAUAAACAAAAAUAAACAUCGCUAUUACAUUUCAUUAAUUACAUUCCAUUUAUAAUUGACCCGCCUA